AUGUUGAAACUUUCCCAACUUAUAGACGCCAAAAGGCGGGAUAGUUCUGAAGCCAUGAUAGAGUCAUACCGACAACAACCUCAGUCUCCGUUGACCACCACCUCAUCGACACCGGUCUCACCCGCCGUCUCUCUCUUCUCUACCAAAGGACAUACACGCUUUUCGAGCUCUGUGUCCUCCUUGGUAUCCUCGCCUGGCCAUAGUAAUUCAAUGGAGAUUGCGUCUAGGAAUCCCUUGACAGGAGUAAAGGAAGAACCCUGCGGGGCCCCAGCUAGGGAUCUGGAGGAGGAUUAUUUCCAACACUUCGAUCAAGACUUGUCCGAGGUUGGCGGCUCCUACUUUGCCUCGGUGGACUACUCUGACGAGUACGAUCUCACGGAUGCCGGCAUGGAUAUUCGCCAUUCGCCCAAAAAGAGGCGCUCGGAUAGUAUCUCUACCAAAGGUUUAUCGCGCAUCGGUUCUCGCAUAUCGACCAUCUCGAACCGCUGGAAGUCGAGACAGGGCUCGGAUGCGUUCGACACCCCAGAUGCCUUCUCGAUACGGUCUCGCACCAAUUCCGCAUCUUCUACGCUUGCCGGUCCAACGAUCGUUCCCAUCAGUCGGGUCAAUUCUGUUACUGUGCCACCUUCGCCCGCUAGGACAAUCUUCGAGGAGCGUCUCAGCGAGUCUGGGGUCCAACCUAUUGACAUCGUGAAAGCAAACCGUCACAGCCAAAAUGAUGAAGAUUCGAGCCCCAAGGCAACCACCCCGCUGCUGCCUCCAUUCAUGGGUGAUCAGCCAACGUAUCCAGUGGCACCCCGAGUCCACUCCCCUUUGCAAUCGCCGUCCGUGGCGGACAUGUCUGAGGAGACUUUAGACGGUACCACGCCUCGGGAUUCGCGGUUGGCCGGGCUCCCAUCACCACCUCUCUCUACCAAGCCGUCCGUUUCUUCAUUCAAUCGUCCGCGCGCAAACACAGUACGAACAGCAUCAGCGGAUGCGCCUCCCUAUCUUCUUUCAGACCCGAACGACGAGUGGUCGAACAAGCUCGGCCAUGCCAAUUUCACAAUUCAGCCGGAGCCAUAUGUGCCAGAGGUGUAUGAUCUCGAGUCAUUUCGACAAUUACGCGCUCGGUGGGACCUGGCGCAAUGCAACUUCACCAAGCACCUCGUUCGCACGGGCGAGCAUUACGGUAUUACUUCGACAAUCUACAAGUUAACACAGGAUAAGUGGGACUGUAUUAAUAAUGAGUGGAAGCAUCACCACGAGAUGAUGUUAUCCCAACUAGAGGCCACAGAGGGACAUCGCUUGCACCUCAUCGAGUCUCACAGCGACCCGUACGAACAGAUCAAGCUUCCACGCCUACAUGAUGAGAAGUUCCCCGAGCUGGGUGAUGGAGAAAUUGUUGGACCCAUGAAGAUUGCACCAGGCACCAGCGGAUCCGGCCUAUGUCGGAGUCGAUCGUUAAAACGGAAUUUCUUCAAAUUCUUCCAGGAUCUAGUGUCACGAUCCUAG